UCAGGGAAAGGUUGAGAGGAAUUAAUACAUUUACGUCCAUGAGUGCAUUCUGGCUACGUGUAAAUAUCCUGUAGGCUAUGUAUGGUCAUCACCUGCUUUUUAGGAUCUUCCUUGAAAGGUUUAGCAUAAGUGAUUUCCGGGUUCGAAGCUAAAGGUAUCCACUUUGGAAGCACCGAAUUAGCUAACUGUUAAGGUUUCAGACUGCUUAAAUGGCAAUAUAUUUCACAUGGCCUUCCAGAACGGCAUUGGCAUAAGUUGUCAUGGGCUACAUAAAAGUAGUAUAUGGUGCAACCAUAAAGUGAUGCCACUCCUGAUGGAAAAACUAUCGAGGAGUGGUCACUUCAUGGGUGUACUUUUUACAAAGUAGCCUAUCGCCGUGGUCAAGGUGGAGGACGCAUCUGCAGUAAAACUAAUAGAAACGGAUACAACUGGAUUUAUCACAAGGCUAUGAAAUGUAUGCUUCUGCCAGGACAAGGGGACUCUCGUUUCACCGUUUUCGAUAGCAUCUGUCUGUCUCUAUAUCUUCUACGUAGCCGACACCGACAGAUAACCAUCGCACUGAAAUGAAUGAACCGGCAAUUUUAGACGACAGUUUUGGUGGAAACACCAAAACAGUAUAUGAUUCCUGUGAUUUCGAGGAUUCGCUAGCCCAGGCUGUUUCCGCGCCAAACAAUGCAAAGUUUGAUAACUCUUUUGGAGAGUGGACGCAUUUCGCUGAAGAGGACAGGUGGAACCAACAUCACCAGUGCUCAACUCCUGGGCAGAGUGCCCCAUUGAAUCAGUCACAUUUGGAAACCUCGGAACAAUCGGAGAGUGCCAAAGAAAAGAUUAUAGAAUCCCCAUGCCCUUGGCAAAUUUUUCACAAUUCUUUUCCGAUGGUGAACACAUCAGAAGAUGCAACCACCGGUGAAGUGGAACCUCUGUUACAGCUGUUUCAAAAAUCAUCAGAACCACCUCCAUUGGGUUCAGUUGCAUUAUGUGAUGCUGCUUCUCUGUGGAGCCGCCUCUUGAGGGAGCCCAGUGGUCUGAGGACACCAGAGAGCAGAGGCUGCCCCAACAUUACAAGAGGCCUGCACUCAGCCCUCAAAAUCACAGACAGUGUCAGCUCACACCAGCAGAGCGCGCCUCCUGCCGAGACGUCCCCCGCGGAGGCCAGUGGGGUGCCAGCGAGACCUCCUGCUGGCUCGCUGAUCCAAACCAAGCUGCUGGCAAAUCCCCACCACCGAGACGCCCCAAACUUCUUCUACCAGGUCUCCAGCCAUUGGGUCUUCAAGCACCACCCACGUCUGCAAGAUGACAACCAUAAAAAAGGGUUCUUCUUCUGAGUCCUGCUCUGAAGCAGUCAGGGAUAGGGAUAAGGGAAUUCCAUUCCAAUGAAUGGAAAACUAUUUCAGGCAAGUAAUGUAAGCCUGAAAUCUGACUUGCUGCUAUUAUCGAGUCCUGUCCCCUUUUUCCUAGGACUGUACAUAUUAGUUUGGAAUGAUGGUUUUUAACAGUGGCAUUUUGGCAGCAAGGCAACCAGCUACACAUACUAAGUAGUUCUGGAACCCGCAAAGUUGGUUUUACUGUCACUCGAGUCCAGACAAAAGUGCCUUUGUGCAAGAGCUUCUGCCUUUUCAGAUGUAGGCUACCUCUCCAAUUAACAGACUCAGUUGGCUGGCUGUAAGGAGUCUCUCCAACCAGACGUAUCUGUAGUAUUACUGCUUAGCUACUCCGCAUACUCGUGUAUGUCUCACUUAAAGUCAAUACAACAAAAACAAGCCAUUCAGGAGUGAAUAGAACUUAAGAAUAUUCUAUUAGUUUCCAGGAGCCAGGGACAUUUUGUUCUUCUGAACAAAACAUAAGCGGUUACAAAAUGAUCUGUUACAAAAUUCUGUUUAUUAUUUCUCAUUGCUCAUGCCACAGCAAAUUCUCAAAUGCAUACAUUGCAUUAAAGUUACAAAGCUUUCUUUAUGUGGCUUAUUGAACUGCUUUUGAAGAGUUACCCCAUCUUAAACAGGUUACAAAGUUAAUCAGAGCCCCAGAACCUUCUCUUCAAUGCCUUAGGAAAGGCUGUGCACGGUUGUUUCCAGACAGGCCUCUGAUGUCUCACUUCUUUUGGAAAAGGGGGGGAAAAAAACUCCUCACCCAGAUGAUGCAAUUCGUGGUAAAACUGAAAAUAUGUGGACGUUUCCCACUGUCUUCCAGCAGGGGGCGAGCUAAGGCCUUCCAUUCAUUUCUACAUCGGGUGAACUGUUUUUCACUUUGCUCUUUGUCUCCGGAUUGCAUGGAAGGCUUCUCAUUUGUUUCACCAAAUGAUGCACUUUAGCACCUUCCAAUUACUUUCUGGUCUUUCAAAGAGAAAGCCAGGCCUCCUUUGUAAAAUAGAUUUUUAUCUCAAGGGAUUCUUAGUUAAAUAAAGGUUAAAUAAAUGAAAAAAUACCUAAAAGAACAAUAAUGUCCAAUACAAAAUUAAAUGGGUGAUGCAUUGUGUUCAGGUGCAAUACAAAGGCUUCCCAUGAACAGAAGAUACAGUGUCAAUAAAACCAGAUAUGAUAGCAAUAUCAUCAAAUAAGGCUUGGAGACUAUUUUUUUUUUUCCAUUUAUAUUUUUAUUUAGACUUACUGACCCGCUACAAAGGUAUUGCAUAGAAUAUAAUGGUAACAAAAAUAUUAAAGUAUGUACAUAAUGCAUAAACACAGUUGAGGGUGAGAUUAAAACUCAAAUAAGUCAAAAAUCCCCUUUGAAAAAAUUAAUAAAUAAAAAAUAUCUGAAUUAUCAUGCAAUGCAGUUUUAAGGUCCUAGUCAUUCAUGUAGCUAGAUUUAAAUAUUAUAUUGAAUUUACCAAGCAACACAGAGUUGAGUUUGGCUAGUAAAGGAUAGUGUUUGCUGCAAAGGGAUAGGUGGUGUGCUCUGAGGCAAGGUAAACUAAGCUCUGGACUCUGCACUAACAGUAAAACAUGUUCAUAUUGCACUUGGGACAUUAAAGUGAAACUUUUAGCAGUCAUUUUUACAGCAUUUUGCAAAAAGAUCUCAAGUAAUUUAUAACUGUACAAACCAGAGGCUCACAAGAUGUGCUUUCUGACCUUACUAUACUCAAGGUUCAUUUUUAGUGGCCCCACUUGCAUGGUCUCAGUGCUUUCCAGGUAUAUGCCAUGGUGUGUUAAAGGUAAAGGCAGCUGAAUGUAAAAGCUAAAUACCUCCUUGUAGUAAUACUGCUCUUGGUAUGAAAACUUUACAAGCACCUGAUAUUGUAACUUGCUGACAUCUUUGAGGACAAUCUCUUUAUAAGCUAACUGGAAAAAGGAAAUAAGCAGAAAAUACAAACAAAGAGAAUGGUAUGUAAAGAGGUGUAGAGAUAUCACAGAAAAAUGAAAGGUCUUGAGGCCAACAGGGUGGACCUGGGAUUUAAUCCAGUCCUGUGUACUACUGCCGGUGGGAGACGUGACCCAAAGGGUUCUUGUUUGAGGAACCGGACCUGCCCGUUUGAUUAGAAACCAGAUGUAAGGUCUGCUGUGCUUCACUGGGUAAAAAUGAACUUCAUUUCAAUUCAGAAAAGAAAAUACAUCUAAAUCAAACACUAACACUACUUCAGCCAUGUUACCAAUGGCGGGUAAUAAAUCGUAAGAGUGGUUUGUGAAA